AUGCGGGCCGUUAGUAUCUCCCUUCUUCUCCUGGCCGCUGGCGCCAACGCCUUCAUGCCCCAAGGAGUUUCUCCCCGUGCCGAUACUCUGGCAGUGAACAUUCUCGAAUCCAUGCAGAGCUUCCAAGAAGCAUUGGAACGAGGUGAAGCCGAUCACUUGUUGCCCGUCUUUAAUGCCAAGGAGAAGAUUGCCAAGGGAGAAAUCCGACCGGAAGAUGUUCCUUACAUGCAGCGAGGAGGAAAAUGGGACAACACUGACGUUCGGGGUGCCCGCAACCAGAAGAAGUGGUUGAGCUCCGACAAGCAAUACGCGUCUGGUGGCUUCAAGAAAGAGCAGAGUGUUUCCAUCUUUGGAUAUGGCGGAGGUCUUGACUGGACUGGAAAAAACGCCAAGACGGGACCUUCCGAGAGUGUUCCCGGUGCUGCCCCCAAGUUUGGACGCAACUACAAGGCACCCAAUGUCAACAACAUGAAGGGACUCCCCAAGGGUGUCGUCAAGAAGAACGAGCCCCCCAAGAAGAAGGGUGGAUUCUUUGGCAUGUUCUAA